CUGCCAUGUAAAGCUACUGAAACAACUCUGUAACUGAGGUACACACUUCGUACCAGUGUAUACAAUUCACGGUAAAAAGAUGAUCGUAUGCAUGCGAUCUUGGGCGAGAAGAUGGCGACUUCCAUGGACGCUAAAGGCGUAACCAAGAAGGCAUCCGGUGAUGGAAUUAUGCGUGAUCUGCAGAACCAGUUGCGUACAGCUCACAUCAAUUUGCCAGAUUUGUCAACAUUAGCACAGAAGGGUGAAGAACAGUUGGUUGAAAAGUUUCUGUCAGAGAGUGUUGAGGUGAAAGGAGAAACCGGAGAAGUUGUUCAAAGUCAGCUGUAUAUUGCUGCAUUUUGGGGCUUUCAUGAUGUUAUUAAGGGGCUGCUAGAUGCUGGAGCUGACAUCAAUUAUCAGAAUAAAAACACGCUGUGGACUCCUCUUCACGCUGCUGCAUUUCAAGAGCAUGGAAAGGUUGUAAUGCUGUUACUACAGAAUGGAGCCCAACCAGAGCUACCUGAUAUGGAAGGAAGAACACCAACAGACUUUGCUUCAGCCUCAAACAAGAUCUGGGCUCACUUUGCUGCCCUGGGCUGUCCACGCACAUCAAAACAAGAUCUCAUAUCAAAGGGAAUUAUUAAAAAGAUUACAGGGUGUGAUAGUCGACCUGGAAGUGGUUCUCGACCAGGAAGCGGAUCCCGACCUGAUAGUGGGACCAAAAUAGUAUCUGGAAUAAGAAUGGCAUCCUACUCAAGACCUGAAUCUGCCUAUGCUAUCAGACAAGAUCCAUUCUCUAAGGGAAAAAGUAACAAUUCAUCUCAGAUGUCGGCCAUAUUGGGAGGAGAUGUUCUAGCAGAGGAGGAUGUGUCAUCAGCAUCCAGUAAACAUGCAGAGGGUCAACCAGCUUUCUCUGUUUGGAGGACGUGAAAACCAAUGCAUUGGACCAAAGUACACUUAUUUUUACAUAGGGAAAAUAUGAAUUCAUCCCUGCCUCAAAAUAUCCUUUUUAUAUCGCCUUCGCUGAUCUAAAGUGUUUGCUGCUAUUUAUUCACUCGUUCAUUAUGAGAUAAAAGCAAAUAAAGAGCUUUUUUACAGACUGACUAAAAACUUGGCUCAUUUACAGCAUACAUGUAUGAUACAUUGAAACCUGUACUAUGAAGACUGCCCAAUGGAGACAAUUAUAAGCAGAUUUUUUUAUGGACAGAUUCUUGAAUACAUGUUCCAUUGUGGAGUACAAUGCAAAGUUAAAAGAUUCAUAUUUUUCACAUCAUGCAAUAUUAAUUGAAUAAACACAACUAAUUGUAUUCUAUAAUUCUUACUUUUUCUUCUUUGUCAAGCACUCUCAAUCUUGUUGAUAGGAGGGGAUUUCCCUGCAAUUCUGGAGGAGAAAGUUUGUAUUUUCAAGAUAUGUAUUUGCUAUGUCAUUCCUCAAUUUGUAGAAUAUGUUUGUGUGAUUGAUAGAGAUGUGUAAUUAGGCUAGAGCAUGCACUUACUAUGAACACUAAUACACAGAGGCUAAAAGAAUCUGGUAUUCAAAUA